AUGGAUGCUCGCCCAAAGACGAUAUACCUCCCAGACACUAUGGUCAACUGGCCCUGGCCUCGUACCAUCAAUCCUCAUUACGAAGAUGUGAAAGCUGAAGUCGAUGCUUCAUUCCAUGAUUUCAAGGCCCUGAGUCCUAAGUCACAAGAAGCAUUCGACAAAUGUGAUUUUGAACACCUCCAAAGCAGUUGUGACUUGAUGAAUUUAUUCUUCAUUGUGGAGGAGUACACCGACAUGGAGAAUGAAGCAGUCACGAAGGAAAGGAUGGACAUCGUGCUCGAUGCCCUACAUAAUCCCCAUAAGAUACGACCAGAAGGCGAAUGCAUUCUCGGCAAAAUUGCACGACAAUUUUGGGCUCGCGCAAUCCAAUCCGCAAGCCUGCCUUCUCAACGUCACUUCCUUGAAACAUUUGAUGAAUACUUUAAUUCAGUAGUUGUCGAGGCCCUCGACCGUGAGCAAGGCCGUAGGCACAGUCUUGAUGACUACAUCAAGCUCCAGUGCGCAACUGUUGAGAUGGGGAUGGACCUUCCUGAUGAAGUGUUCUACCAUCCCAUCAUCAUGGAUCUUACUAAUUACAUCACAGAGCUCAUAUUUAUCGAUAAUGACAUGACAUCGUACAGCAAGGAGCAAGUGGCUGGGAACGAAUUCCAUAAUUUGAUCAGCAUUGUCAUGUUGGAACUGGACCUCGACAGUGGCAGCAUGAUGGCUUGGGCAGCACAUUAUCACACUGAAGUUCAGAAACAAUUUAUUGACGGUCUUGCAAAGGUUCCCUCAUGGGGGCCUUCCGUCAACGUCCUAGUCAAGGAGUACCUUAAUGGGGCAGCAAACUGGGUUCGAGCAAGCCAUUCUUGGGGUUUUGAAAGUCAAAGGUACUUUGGCACCAUGGGCCCAGAAAUACGACAAACUAGGCUUGUCCCAUUGUUGCCAGGGCCCGAUCGCAAAGCCAUGUGAAUCUGUUAGAUCCUUCCAGAUACAAUGCUCUUUCCACAGAAUCUGGCGCUAGCUUUUCUUGUACCUCGUAAAUUUCGUUUUGAUAUGUCACUACCAUGCUUCUCACUUGGUCUCUCAUAUAUGCCACUCUUGUCCUCCCAUUUCUC